AUGGUGCUCUCUCCCUCGUACACGUGGUCCGAGACCAAAGGUGGCCUCACUGUGAUUGCACAAUGCACUGGCGCAUCGGUCAGCACGACUGACGUCUUCUCCUCGCCUCACUACGUGUCGCUGAACUCGGCUCCUUACUUUCUCGAGCUCGAUCUGCAUGGAGAGGUUUUACCGGACGAGAGCGUUGCGACCAUUGCGCAUGGCAAGGUGACGCUCCGACUUCAGAAAGCAGGAUCAGGACUCUGGGGAAGGCUUGUCGUAGACAUGCCGAGGACGGAGCGGCUUAAGCGCCGGGCUGCAUCGCGUGCAUCAGCUGAGGAGGCGGCCGCGGCGCAGGCUGAGCGCAAAAAGUCAAAAUCCUGGAACGAGUCCCGGUUCACGCUCGGUCAGCAAAUGGACCAGGCGCGCACACCCCGGAGAGCGCAAUGCUUCGACCGCAUGGCGCGCGUGGAGAUUGAGCGUGCCAAAGCCGCAGAGAAGGAGGCGGAGGCGGCCAAGCUCCGGGAUUGGCAAAACAGUGCCGCCGCCGACCGUGAGCUACCACCGGACCCACUGGCGGCGCCCCAGUUGGCUGGGACUGUGGCACCGGAUGCGGCCGAUAUCUCGCAGCGCGACCCCGCAUGGCUCAAGGCGCGAGGGGAUCGCCACUACACCCUGCGGGAUUGGGCAUCCGCGGAGUCGGCCUACUCCCACGUGCUGAGCCAGUUUGGCAAGUCCAUUAUGGGACAGGCCAUUGAUUGCGUCGUUGCUUGCUACUCCAACCGCUCAGUCUGCCGCAUACGCCGCGGCGAGAUGCUCGCCGCAGCCGCCGACGCGUCGGAGGCGCUCAACAUCGUGUGCAAGGCACGGUGCGUAACAGAGUUUCCAAAGCCCGAGGAGGCUCUCCAACGCGCGAGAAUGCGCCUAUACGCGAGACGCGCAACGGCCUAUGCCGCGGCGGGGGUCCUGCAUCGUGCCACGGCCGACCUACACAGCGCGCUCGCUCUCGUGGGAGCAACGGAGGGCAUGACGGCAGACCCAGGUGCAGUCUCGGACCGCUCGGUACUGACCAUGGACUUGCACGCGGCGCAGGAGCGGGAGGAAGCGGCUGCAAAGCUCCGUCAGGAGGCGGCUGCGCUCGUUGCACAUUGCGCGAACUCGGGCGAAGAGAGGACCGCUGAGGGGCAACUGGAGCUGACACGAGCGCGAGAGCUGCUGAACGAAUGCCUUGGGCUGCAGCCUCUCGAUGCAGCGACGCUUGCUCAGCGCGCGACGUGUCUAGUCUUGCUUUACGAACCCUCGGCAGCGGCCGCGGAUGCAACUGCCGGCCUGGCAGAGCUCGAUGCGGAGGCGGCAAGGGAUGGCGUGGAGCGGUCCAUGAUGUCGGGGCUCUUCCCGCCCUCUCCGCUUCCCGACGAGGUCCGUGCUGCGCUGGUCUGCCGGUCAGACCAGGCUGAACGGGUGCGUUUUGCGUUGCUCGAGAGCCGUGGGGCCGCACGAGCUGCUCUUUCGCAGCUCCAGGAGGCUGCGAGCGACCUCCGGGCUGCGCUCAAGCUCCGUCCCGCGCACCCUUCUGUGCUAGCUUCCCUGGAUGAAAUUGCCCGCCGCGCCGUUGCCGAGGGCGUCGAUCUGCAGCCCUUGCCGCUUGCACCGCCUGCAUCGCCAGAGCCGGCCAUCGCGCCAGCAGCGCAACCACAGGGCAAGGAGGCGGCAGUGGUUGAGGCUAGAGCAGAGGCCACCGAGUCAGGAUCGACAGGAGAGCCCGCUGCAAGCAGUAGCGCAAAGGAGCCGAAGGUCGUCAGUGCGGGUGUGCCUCCGCCGGUUGGGACGAGGAGCGCUGCCCUUCUCAAGGGCGACGCCGAUGGAGCAGUGCGCAACGGAAAGCUCGAGCAGGCACUGCAGCUGUACGGAGCUGCGCUACAGGCGGAUGCUGCAGCAGAGUGGCUGCAGGGCACUGCGACGGGUGGGCUCCUGUUCCGCUGCCAAUGCCUCGCCAACCGCGCUGCUUGUCACCUGCGACUGAGCGAUUACAACGCGUGCGUCGACGAUGCCACCGCGGCCCUUACAGCUUUGGACGCCAUUGCGGAUUCGAUGGCCGCUGCGGCUCCGCUGCGCCUCAAGCUCCUGGCACGCCGAGGAAUGGCGCUGAGUCGGCUAACUCGGCACAUGGAGGCGCGGGACGACUACCGUCGUGCCGUGGCGCUUGCGCCCGACGAUGCUCAGCUUCGGCACGACCUAAGUGCCAUUGAGAAGGCAUGCGAAACCGCUUGA